AUGCUGUUUCUGCUACUUCCAUUGCUGGCAGUUCUCCUCGCAGCUGGUGACAAUGAAGAUGCCUUCCAGGAGGAGAUCUCCUUCAAAAUUAUCCACAGCUCUUCCUUCUACAACCGUUCCUGGGUGAAAAGUCGGCACUCUGGUUGGUUGGGUGAUUUGCAGACUCAUGGCUGGGACACCAACUCUGGCAGAAUUAUUUUCCUACAUCCUUGGUCCAAGGGCAACUUGAGCAAGGAAGAGAUAAAAGACCUGGAAAAAUCCUUCCGUGCGUUCUCCAUUGGUUUGCCGCACGAACUUCACAGAUAUGCCAGUCAAUGGCAGCUUAAAUAUCCCUUUGAGGUACAGGUAACAGGAGGCUGUGAACUGCACCCUGGGGGAUCCAUAGAAGCAUUCACUCAAUUUGCUUAUCAACGAUCAGAGCUCAUGUACUUCCAGAACAAUUCAUGGUGGCCAUCUGUAAAGGAUGAAAUUAGAGCUCAGCCUAUAAGCAGACGAUUCAAUCAGUACCAUAUAGUCAACAAAAUAGUACAGAGGAUGCUCAGUGACACCUGCCCACGUUUCCUCUUGAGUAUCCUUGAUGCAGGGAAGGCAGAUCUCCAGAGACAAGUAAAACCAGAGGCCUGGCUGUCCACUGGCCCCAAUCCUGGUCCUGACCAUCAGAUGCUGGUUUGCCAUGUCUCUGGCUUCCAUCCAAAGCCAAUUUCGGUAAAGUGGAUGCGAGAUGAACACGUACAACAGGGCACUCAACGAAGUGGAAUCUUGCCCAGUGCUGACAGGACAUGGUACCUUCAGGUUUUCUUGGAUGUGGAAGCCACUGAGACAUCUGGCCUGUAUUGCCGGGUGAGACAUAGCAGCCUAGGAGGCCAGGACAUCCUCCUCUACUUGGAGCAUCAUCAAGGCUCCGUGGGCUGGAUCAUCUUGGCAGUGAUGGUGCCCCUGGUGCUUCUGACAGCUCUUGCAUUUUGGCUUAGGAAGCGCUGGUCACACUGUGAGCCGCCUGCCAUUCUUCUUCCUCUGGAAUGAGAUCCAGCAGCCCUGGGGUUCCAGACAUAUUUAAACGCAGCAUGGCGACAAUGUCUGCUCAGCUCUCCAUGUACAACUUUGGUUGCUUAUAUGUUAUUUGUGUGUUUAAUGGUUAGUUAUUAAUAUAAGCUAAAGGUAAUUUUGCAGGACUUGCUUUCGGACCAGUUCCGAGAUAAAAGUCUUAUUUCAACUCUGGAUAAAAUGAGAUCCUAGCAACCGCUACAUAUUGAAAAACUGAUGAAUCUCAGGC